AUGACACAUUUUACGCUACGUGGUACAUGUCACGUGGUUUUGUUGACUUCGCGCACCGACGAGCCGUGGACGAGCCGAGGAAGACGACACAAAAGGGCGAAACGUCGGCGACUCGCGUUGCGCGUAGCUCUGUGUUCGCCGCUCUUUGCAGCAAACGUCGACAGCGACGAAAGUUCAGCCAGCGCAUCGGAAGACGACGACCAGAUUUACGCUGAAAAGUUUGUGGAAUUCUUCGGUGUGCCGCAGCACAUACCGAAGAUCGAAAAUUACGUAGAAAACGUCGUCCACGCAUACUCGGAUUACGAGUUUCGCAGGAACUUUCGACUGGAAAGAGCCGUGUGCGACGACCUGAUCGCUCGUUUCGGGUCAUCCGAAUUUUGCCCGACAGACGGGCGGCAUGGCGGGGCAAGUCCAAAGUCUGCCGAGGAUCACGUACUUUCUUUCCUGUGGUAUGCUGGAAACAAGACGUGCCUGAGGGACAUCGGGGGACGUUUUAACGCAAGCGACUCAGCUGAGUUCGUGAUGGUGCAACGAGUCAUGGAUUUCCGCUGUGACAUUGCUCCUGAGGUAAUCAAGAUUCCUCGGGACAAAGAGGCCCUGGCUGCUGAGGUUGAAGAGAUUGCUGGAUUUCCAGGAGUCAUCGGUUGCAUAGACGGAUCUUACAUAGACACGAAAUGCCCCGCAAACAAAGUGAAGUCUACGUAUAUUAACCGACAUGAUCAGACGUCUGUGACUCUGCAGGCGGUCUGCGAUACCCGCUACAGGUUUUUAGACGUGUUUGCUGGCCCUUCAAGCAGAAUGCACGAUGCCCGAAUAUUUUGCUUGUCGUUUCUUUCCGACGAACUGCCGCAACUCUGCGAGACCAGGAAGUACCACAUGCUCGGGGAUGCUGCAUAUCCCACAAGAGAGUACCUUAUGACUCCGUACAAGGACUAUGGCAGCAUGACCCCUGAGCAGGUAGCAUACAAUAGCCGUCACACCGCUACACGGGUCCGAAUUGAAAAUUCGUUCGGAAUUCUGAAGCAAAGAUUCCGGCAACUCCGAUACUUGGAGUUUCGCAAAGUGGACAAGAUCAGCAAGUUCAUUAUGGCAUGCUGUGUAGUCCAUAACCUCUUUGUCGACAACGGGGACUCUCCCUUCGAGCGGGAGAGUGAAACUGACAGAAGGAAGAGGCUGCGGGAGGAAGCCGAGAGGCUACGACUGCCAGUGGAAGUUGAUGUGCGGGAUGCGGCGCUGCGCCAGCUUGGUAGCAUAAAGCGAGACAGCCUUGCCCAGGCACUUCUGUGAAGCGUGUAUUUUUGUGCUAUUGUUGGUGAUCGUUAGCAAUGCUACAUUAAAUUUUAUUUGAACCUUGCAGUUGCCUUAACAAGUUUUUAUUUCGUCUGGCUUCAAUGAUCCACGUGAGCGGGCUCUUCGCUGCACUCCAGCAGCCUGUUUAUUGCUGCGAUGUGUUCUCGAUGGGCACUCAGCAGUUCCUGGUGGCGCUGAUCUUUUCUUGCUUCUCUUGCUGCUGCCGCCUUUUCUCUUUCGUCUUUCUUCAUUUCUUUCUCCUUCUGCAGCUCUGCCAUCUUUUCAAAAAAUACAUUCAUAGGCCUCAUUCUGUUGGUACUUGGUCGAAGUGACCGAUCUGCUGCAUUUUGUCGUUUCUCACUGGCCCUUCUAGGAGCUUCCUCCCUGUGGCUGGGAGUUGAUGCUGUCGAUCCUGAGGGCUCAUCGGGUCCCACCGAUGCAACAUGUGCACUGGUCGUAGCACCAACAGCCGCCCUCUCUUUGUAGAUGACGCUCCUUACCCCUCUCAUCACCUCGGGCUCCACACUGUCGUCAAAACUUGCAAUUGCAGCAAACUCUUGUUCGUACUGGACGGCGCACCUUGUGGAGCCGGACUUUCUGUUAUUAACGACUUGGUUUUUCUUCUUCCUCAUUAGGGUCUUGAAGCGUGUCUCGCAUUGGGUGCCUGUUCUCGUUGUUCCAAGCAGCUCCCUCAUUUUUGAAGCAAUCAUGUCGUACAUGGCCUUUUUUGUACGAAACUUUUUCAUGGGUCCGAUCUGGUGGGAGUAGAGUGUGUAAUAUUCCAAGAGCACCUUCGUCUCCCCCUCGCGCCAAAGAUUUCCUGAAAAAAAAAACAAUAAUUAGACACAUGGUUUGCUGUGUAUUGAUUGCACUGUGCAGGCAAAUGAAGUCUUCUAAAAUGUGCUGUAGUGGUGCAAUGAUGAAAUGAUUUCUACACACAUUUAGCCUGAAAAAUUUCAGUACCUCGAAAUAGAGUCUCUAUUGCUCCAUCGAAACUUGUUUUGUGGAAUCACUUUUCCAGGGCAACUUUUCAUGGACACACGUUUCGUCAACAAUGCAAUGUUUUGUAGGAAGUUGCUUCUUACACACAUGCUCAUGUAAAGUUUUGUCGACAACAUAUUUAAUAAAAAAUGUAAUCUGGAAGUCU